AGAUGGCCGCUAGGCUCCUCCUGACCGUAGGACUGCUGUUCCUUGUCGGACGCACGGCGGCAACUGGAGUAUUUCCAGAUGACAUCACGUCGCCUGUAGAAGCAGGACAAGAGGCACGUGACACCAUCGCUGAUGAAGUCAACAAACUGGAAACCCUGGUGGAGAUGCUCCAAGAACUCGAGGAUCCUUUGGUGGAUGGAGAAGAGGAAAGAGGCGUAUCUGCAGAACUCGAGGAUCCUUUGGUGGAUGGAGAAGAGGAAAGAGGCGUAUCUGCAGAACUUGACGAGGACCGCUGGGUGGACGGUACAGACGACAAUCUGUCAACUGAAGAUGUCUCUCAGGAGGUACAAGACAGCAUCACAGAUGACGUCAAAGAAGUGAUGAGUGCCCUUGAAGAAGUCGAAACGUUGGAGGAAGUUGAGCAGCUAGUGAGGGGAACCUCGGGGCCCCGUCGAGUGUGUGAACACCAAAGGUUGAGCAUCAGUUGUCCUGCUGGACAACAGAUCAACAUCGUGUCCGCCCUGUACGGCAGGACCACACGGACAGUUUGCCCCAGUGGUCCCAUCCGUACUACCAACUGCCGCAGCCCCAACAGCCUUGGUCGGGUCAGGACCAGCUGCCAGGGGAAGUCCAGCUGCUCUGUCAGGGCCUCCAACAGCGUGUUCGGGGAUCCUUGUGUGGGCACGGGACCACCGCCUGUGGCUACAGGCUGUGCAGGCUGGACCCGCUGGUACGACCGUGACAACCCCUCAGCCACAGGAGACUGGGAAACUCUAGGGAACCUCAGACGCGAGAACCCAGGGCAGAUCUGCGCCGCGCCCUCUGGUAUCCAGGCCCGCGUCAAGGGCUCCAACCGCCCUGCCUCACUGGCCGGGGAGCGGUUCUUCCAAUUCAACCCCCUGCAGGGCAUCGUCUGCAGGAACGCCGAUCAAAGGGACCGUAGUUGCCAGGACUAUGAAGUGCGCUUCUGGUGCCCAUAGACCCGGAAUGGCGAUGGUCCCGCCGCCUCCUGCGUGUGCCGAGCACCAUCCUGGCCUUCCAGCCGGGACUGCAGACCAGCCGCAUAGAGUUUAGCUGCUUUUGCCUCAUUUAAUCAUAGCAAGGCUCGUGAGGGGGUUUCAAAGUUCAACAUAUUCAGUUUGGUCUUAUAAUGAUUUCAUGUUGAUUUGAUUAUAUCGAUGAAAACCGCGCAAGCGUCAAUUUUCGGCUGUUUCCACCGUUUUUCGACGGCAGUGUUAAUCGUACAGAGCAGCCGUAAAAUGACAAUAUAUACCGUACAUUGCGAAGAAUUAUGGACCAAUGUAUCAUAAUGUCAUAGAAUGCCAGCGUCAAUUCCAAGGUCAAAAAAAGAUGUGCAAGAACAAAAAUUAAGAAACUAUUCUUCGGUAUACUUUACUCUGUGUGUUCAAUGCAACCAUCCUAAACACCUCCCAGAGGAUGUCAUUCAUACAAACAAAUCAACACGGUCUGAUGAAGACCAUCAUGAUCAGUAGCCUUUAUCAAAACUUGUAUCAAAAAUGAAGAGAAAAGGUUUUUCAUCAGUCACCAUUUUAAGAUUUUGAUUCUGAUCAUCACUACUGUUCGUCAGACAUAAUAUAGAUGAUAUUUUACAUUCAGACAGACAAAGUAAUCUGGUAAGGAA